AUGAGAGACAUGCGUCAAGGACCUUAUCGGCCGGACAUUUCGAGACUCGAUACGCCAACCGCUUCACCUGGUUUUGACGGCGAGGAGGCUUCAACACCCUCUGAGAUCGGUGAUGCUGCCUCACGGGAUGGCCUCAGCGGAGUAAACUUACACACAAAGGGAACUGAAUUUUACGGCAAUUCGUCAAAUCUUGCCUUUCUCGGCAAUCUUUUUACCAGGGCUCAAGCCCAAGCUGAUUGCCGGCCCCUCGAGGAUCUUAUGAGCCAAUCCACGAGCUCAAAGGAAAGAUCUAUGGCUCACCGCACGCGGGCGUCUUCGCCACCGGCAAAGUCCAUCUCUAAGUACACGGGCCACGUCUCACCGCAAUCAUAUGACAGUGUGGCUAGUGGAACUUAUAAGAGGCCUGGUGUUCCCCGCACAGAAACUGGCGCAGCCAGCCCUGACGAUGUCCACGAUUGUACACUUCCGGUUGUCUUUGACAAUAUAACUGAUGCAGCACAGAUGGAGAUCGAGAAGAUUUUCAUCGGCAGCUUCUUUACCAACAAGCAUUACGUUCACCCCGUUCUUACGAAGAGCAUUUUCAUGCGACGCUGCGAGCGGGAGGCCUGGCCUCUUUCCAGACGAAAUUCUCUGUUUCGUGACCCUCCCAAAUUUGCAAGGCUUUACUUUGCUGUUGUUGCUCUGGGGGCGAUUAACGCCAGCCCCAAUGAGACCUCACUGCUAGAUCACUUCUGUCAACAGUUGGUAGAUCCUCAGAAAGCACCCCCUUCGUGUACUACCUUCUCUGCGCUGGAUUUUGCCAAAUUCUACUUCAGUCUCUCGAAGCAAGCCUUGGGGGACUUGUUUGAGAGUAGCUGUUUGGAGACGGCGCAGACUCUUCUACUCUUGAGUGUUUUCCGCCAAAACUCCCUGCAGCCACACAGUUGCUAUAUGUAUAGCGGUAUGGCUGUUCGAACCGCUGCUGCAAUUGGCCUAGCAUCCAGCAUGUCCUCUUUGCCGCCGAGUGCAAGACGCGAGGCAAAGCGCACCUGGUGGUUUGUCUUACCCCCAAAAUUCGCUGAUGUGGGACCCCUCGACCCGGAUGCAGAAGACAACGACAUCGCGAUGAUCCCAACAAUGGUCUCGCUCGCCCAAAUUAUGUCCGAGGCAUCCCAUCAACUCUACCAUUCCACCCAGCGUUCAAUGCACGAAAAAUCCCAGCUCGCAAUGGCCCUCGACAGCCGCCUCAGCUCUUGGAAGGCAAAUAUCCCAUCGUUCCUGAACCCAGAUAUUCAGACCCUCAACGAUCCCGAGUGGGCAUUCAAACAAAAGCUCGUUCUACGCCUAAGAUACUAUAACACGCGCAUCCUCCUCCACAGACCCUUUCUCGUCGCCGCAACCUCCAACACCGACUCGACCGAGUUCCACGACCAUCUGCACGCCUGCCUCGACGCCGCUCGAAAAAGUAUCCAUAUGCAAUACGAAUCCUUCGUGCACCGUAUCUACAUCCGCACCUGGUGGUACAACACCACCUACGCCCUCUACGGCUCCAUGAUUCUGCUGCACCUCGUUCUUUCCAACUUCCCCGGCCUCCCAGACGCCGCCCUCCUCGACGACGUCGAAAAAUCUCUCGAUAUCUUCGCCUCCAUGCACGAUAUCCUAGUCGCCCGCCGCUGCGCCGAGAUGCUCCGCGAAGUCCUUAACGUCGCGCGUGCCUGCCUAGCCCGCCGCCACACCGGUGCCCUACCCCCUCCGUCCUCCGCCGCGGCAGGUCUUGACGCUCCUCCCGAACCGCCCUUCCCCGGGUCUACGGGCGCAGCGGCGGGCUUCGCGGCGGAUGAGGGGCCGGUAGGGCAGCCAGACGAGGAGAACUUCUUUUUCUCGUUGUUUGGGCAGGGGUCUGCGGCGCAGGCGGAUCGGACGAGAACGGAGAUGUUGGCGAAUCUGGUAGAUCCGUCGAUUCUGGAGGACUUUGCGUUUGGGGGCGAGGGCGUGUCAUUUUUUUAG